AUGUCGUCAGCACCAUUCAAAGAAGAUGCUCUCAAUCGCUUUCGAAUUACUCAUUCCGAUAGGGAUCUCAAGCCAUUGAUAAGGCGAUUACACCGAUUACCACUUUUGUCAGCAUCACAAGGCGAUGGCGAUCCAGAAUCUGAGCCUGAGAAAGAUUUGGUCAGGAUGGAGUUGCUGAAAUGGAGAGCAGGGAUAGAAAGGGUUCUAGGUUCAAUAAGUAAUUUAGAAAGACAGACGGAAGCGUAUAAACGACAAAGUCAAGAGACAGUGAGCCGGACUGAGCAACUACGAAAUGCUUUAGCAAGGGAGAAAGAGGAAUUAGGGAAGAAGAGAAAAUUGAGAGAACAUCAAGUCAAAUGUGAUGAAGUAGCUAAAAGGAUAAAUGCCCGGGGAAAAACAAGAGCUGAACUUGAUGAACAAAUAUCGAGUCUCUCGACUUCAUUGGAAGAUCAUCAAGCUUCUCACGCGUUGUACCUGCAAACCACUCAAGCUAGACUAGAUACGUUCAGUCAAAUAACAAGAUUGAUUGAAGAAUGUCGAUCAUUGAAACUUCCCAUAGAUCCUUCGAGUUCAAUGGAAGAAGUGUCCGUUGAAAAGAUGGAAGUUGAUAAACCAAUAGAAGCGAUAAACCCAAAUCCAAAUGGCUCAGGAUCAAAGUUGAAUCUUUCAGCACUGGAAUUUCAACCGACACCCACAAUUUCAACUAUACCGCCACCUUUUUCCGGUCCAACGACGAACAAGUCUGCUCAGGGAAAUAGAUCAUCUGCUCCACCUCAGUCUUCUCAAAAUACCUUAAAACCACCUUCAUCUGGCCAUCUCUUGCCCUCUAGACCAAAUGCCAAUAGAUCGCCGUCGGGAUCAGCACCCAAUUCGAGUCCAAGCCCCAAUUCAGCAUCAGUCCCGCCGAUAAGACAGGGUUCGACUGGAUUACCCAAUCGUCCAUCUGCAUUGAGGAGUUCUACCACACCUGCCUUACAUGGAACAGGCUCGUUAGAGGAUGGUGAAGUAGGCCCGGAAGAAGGUGAAGUCACACCUGAAGAUAGUAGAAAGAGAGCAAGGGGAAAUGACAGUGCUAAUUCGAGAAAUACAAGGAGUAGAGCCAAGUAA